UAUCUCAUCCUUUCAUAUAUUUUAUAUUAAAUCUCAAUGGUUUAGAAGCAUGGCGUACUGAACUUCUAGCACAGUAACCUUCCUCACCUGAAAUGCUUCCUAUAACAAGUUAACAACCCUUUUUCCUUUUCUUCUCCUUCAUCGUCUAAUCGUCUUCUUCUAAUAACUGCCACACCGUUUUUAAAAAAAUAAACCAAAACGGCGUCGCAUCCUCCAUCAAGGACUGGUUCAACACGCGCGACCCACUCAUCACCCGAAUCUUUCAGAUUCUCUCCUCGACGGACUUUCUCCUAUAACGACGCCGCCCUAACACUCCCCCGUCUCGACGAGUCCAAAGAUUCCAGCGGCGAUCUUUCUCUGUCACCUUCAAAUAUGUGGUCUCUUAGUGGUCGAGCUUCUCUUCUUCUCAGAAGGACAUAUGAUCGUUUGUUGUUGCCGAAUACGUUUUACCAUUCCGAGCAUGCCUCCCUGAAAUUCGUUGUGAGUAGGCGCGAACUUUCUUCGCAAGAUGAUGCCAAUAGCUUGAAAGAUCAGGAUGGUUUGGAGGAAUCACACUGCGAAUUUACAGAGAAAGAAGGACUUCCUGAUUUGCUUCCUGAUAAAUUUGAUGAAGAAAGGAAAGAAAAAAUCAGACAAAAUAUCUCACGGGCAUGGCGCAAGAUUAACCUUAACCCUCACAACCCUGAGUGUAAAGCUGAACUGGUGAAGUUGUUGCCGAGAGCAAAGGCAUCUGAGAGCUCGGAACCUUCUUAUCCGGAUCAUGGGCAGGUGCAUGGCCAAGGCAAUUCCACGAAACCUGUCUUUGAUGGAACUGGGAAUGGUAAGGAGGCAGGACAACGCCCGAAGCUGAAUCUGAAGCCUCGCUCACAGCUCCUUGAGCAUCACCUGGAAGGAAACACUGAAAGAGAGAGGCUAGUUGCAUAAGUUAGUGUGAAUGAGUUAGGAAAUUAACUGUUUGGAUUAUCUAUCUGCACAUUGUGUUGUCUCCGAAACAUAGCAAAAACUUGUUUAUAGACAAUUUUUUUAGUCUUUACCGGCUUUUGAUUGAAUGAGCAUUGCUGUCAUUUGAUUUUAAAAUUUGAAAAUGAUUUGGGUUUUAAUAUUUGGCAAAGUUUUCAUGAUCUCUCCUGAAUUAAAUAACUCAGGAUCUAUUUGCUUAAACAUAUAAGUCUUCAGUUUAUUUUGGUUGGUGGUAUACCUAAGGCUCAUAUCUGGCUGCAUUUGGAACCCUAAGAUGCCUCUUGUGCUUUAUAAAUCAACAUAGAAUACAUGUUUAAAUGCAAUCAUGGAACAUUGCAUGGAGCACUUGUUUGAGUAUGAAAGAUUUGAUGGGAUUCAUUAACUGAAUAAAUAAUGAGGUGAUGAAAUAACUCAAUAGUGUAGCCAUUAUAUUGAUUAGUUUAUUUGGUAGGCACAGAUCUUGUUAGUGCAAUGAAUCACAGUCAUGUACUCAUGUUAUAUGCCCAAUUUUGAUAAUAUAAAAGCUUUGGUUUUGUUCAUUCCCUAUAUAAAAGCCUUUGCUCAAUGAUAAGGCCGCGUUGGCCUAUGCUGAUCUAUUAAUGGAAGUAACCUCUCUGCUAAUGGGAUUAGGGGUGUGCACACUAAUGGUUUUAUCUUGAAAACUUAUUUACUUAAAGGGAAAAGAGAAUGGUUAUAUGACUUAUAUCCAAAAGAAAAGAUGUGGUGGGUACUAUACUGACCUUCACAUGUGAGACAACCAUACAAACCAUGAUAUAUUGGGACAAUCAAUCUUAAAGUUUAGUGAAGUCAAACAAGUAUAAGUAGAAAUCUUCAUAUUGACUUUACCCGUUUAACAUGCAUGACUUGUUUUGGUUUUGUGUGAUAGCAGCGAAAGAAGAAAUCUGUAGAAAGAUUUGGCACUACUCACUAAAUUCUUUGUUUACCCUUAUAAAUUACAAUAUUAGUGAACUCUUGGGAGAACAAUCUACUUCUCGUUCUAGUGCUUCUGCUAUAAGCCAAUAAGCUAUUGUGUGGCUUAAUAUAUGUUUAAUAUUGUGGGAAGAGAAACCACUGAUGUUUUAUACUUCUUCUUAUGCUUACAUACACAUAGCUCAACUCUUAUAAAUACAAAAUACCGACCACUGUUACAAAACUACCUAUGAUAAGAGACUUCAGGUAGUUAAUUUUUUUUUUUUUUGUCUGUAAUUAAUUUUGGGUUGUUCAUCCAAUGUUAUGUGGUAUACGUGAUAGUUUGGGAGUACAAUGUGAAUUUUACUUGAAGGGGUCUUACUUCCAUUCUUGUUUAACUUAAAAGCUCAUACAAAGGAAUUACCAUGUUGAACUUUGUGAAAUAGUACUAUUUCACCUUUUCAAUACUUUUAAUGCUCAAUUGAAACAAUAUGGAAUACUUUCAGCUAGUUUAUUUGCUUAUUUAUUCAUGGGCUUCUUCUCUAAUAAUGG